CUGCCUAAUAUAAGUAACGUUGUAUUGUUAAGGUUACGCUUACGUGUAGGAAAACAGUGGAUGCUUGCCAACGUUAUUUCACGUAUGUUAAGUGCAAUGUAGUAAAUCAGUGAAUUAUCAGAGUAGCCUUUUCGUUCGUUCUGAAUAGUUCACCUCCUCCAUUUAGCAUUCUUCAAACAAAAGAUUGUGGAAACAAUUACGAGAAUUACAUUUUGAGUCAUUAUUUUUAAUUUGCUAUUGGAAAUAAUAAUUAGAUCAGUCAAUUAAUAGAAAAAUAUUAGGGCUGUCAAAGAUAACGCGUUAAUCUUUGAGAUUAUUGUGGCCGAGAUUAAUGCUAUAAAAUAUUUUAACGCAAUUUGGUUUACUUCCGGUUUGCGUUGACCCCUCCACGGAAACGCCGCGUGCCUACAGUCAUUUAAAUAGGAAAGACCGAGACGCAAGUGGAAGAUGCAGAGAGCUAAGGGAUUGUUGGGCGGGAAGUUUGUGUUUAAGAGGAACUAUGACGGAACAAUCGACAAAACUAAAGCUGUAUGUAUCUUUUGUCAAGCUGAAUUUAACUAUCACAGAAGCAGUACGUCUUUAAGUUAUCACCUUAAUGCAAAGCACCCGACGGAAAGCAGUCCCAGACCCCAAGACCAUGGAGACCCCAUCCAGUCAGAGCUUCUGGCUGGGACCACCAUAUUCAGGACAAGGAUUCUGUCUCUCAUGGAGGCUUUUAUGGUGAGGACGACAUCAGAAAUAGUCUCCAUAUUUGACGAAAUUUAUAUGGGAGCAGAAACUAAGUUAAUGCAGAAGAGAAAGGAAGUGGAAGCCCUCACAGAGAGACUGAAGGAGCGCGAGCAAUUGUGUGCUCUGAAUGUGUGUCACAACCUGCCAGACGUCAAAGUGGAGAGAGGACAGGAGCUUUUGGAAAGUGUCCUGUUCUAUGGACAAUCCGUACCAGAAAUGACAGAGACUGUGGAGUUUCCCCUGGAGUGUGUGGUGCAGAAGGCAGAAGGACCAAUUAAGUCAGAACCGGUGGCGCUGCCAUGUGGAUUAAUAACGUAUCCAUCCAUCCAUGAUGAGGCGCUGCUGGGUGCUCCAGUCGGGGCAGCAGAGGGAGCUGAGAGCGCGGUCCCUCCUGUAGGGCAGCCACACCAAAUGAAGCAGGGAACAACACGCUCUGCUGCCACAGCAGGACAAGGCUCCAGCGUGGCUGCACAGGACUCUGCCAGUGUGAGGCAGAAUCUGGUACUCAAUGGUGCUCCGGAGUCAGACCAGGCAGCCCCUCCUGCUGUUCGACGCCGUGGUCGGCCUCCUGGUAGGAAGAACUUCAUCUCCUCUUCAUCACCAAACGCAAGUUCUUCCCAGGCCCUUCAAACUGAAGAUAAUGUAAAUGCAAUGGUGCUCACUAAAAAACAUAAAAAAAGAGUGCGGCUUACAGACUUUCGUACUUGGCAGGAGUUCAAAAAGCAGUGCAUGGUGUCAAGCUCUUCAAAUAUUUCCCCAUAUGAUCACUCCGCUGAGCAGGAGCCCCUGAGCAGAGCUGAUGAGGAGCUGCUGGGGUCUCCAGUUGAGGAAGAAGAGGGAGCUGAGAGCGCGCUCCCUCCUGUAGGGCAGCCACACCAAAUGAAGCAGGAAACAACACGCUCUGCUGCCACAGCAGGACAAGGCUUCAGCGUGAGGCAGAAUCUGGUAGCCAACGGUGCUCCAGAGUCAGACCAGGCAGCCCCUCCUGCCGGUCGACGCCGUGGUCGCUCUGCGGGUACGAGUUCAGUAUCUUUGUGUGCUCCAGGGACAACCCUUGACCUCAGAGGCCGCUCGGCUGCGGUGAGCACCAACAGCAGACCUCACGAGACUUUAGAGGGGCUGGAUAGCUUUCCGUGUGUGGAUGCACCUGGAACAAAAAGUCUACUGUCCCCGAGAAAAGAUUAUCCCUUUGUGGUCGUGACUAAGGAGGAGGAUACAGAUGAUUGUUUGUCUUCUGAAUCUGAGAUUGAAAAUCCUGCUGAUAUGGAUGUGAAAUACACUGCUGUCAUGAGGGAAACUGAGAACUCUAAAGCCAUUGAGAAUCCAGAAGAUGGGUAUCAACAGGGGGAAGAAGACAUGUCUCUAAAAAGAAGGUCUGCAGUGAAGAGUGAGAAGAUUCCAAGAAAAAAAACAAAGAAUGAAAAUUGAAAUGAUCGCUUUGGCCAGCAAUAUAUACAUUUCUGUAUAGUUGAAAAUGUGGUUGUCAGUUCCCCUCAUAUGUACCAAACGAUAAGAUGAUUUGUAUUUGUGCCUGGGUCCUGCAUUUGGCAUUUCUGUGGAAUUAGUCAUUUUCUUUUACUUGAAGGGCAGAUUUUCAUACAACUUCCCUGUUUCAGAGUGCAAACAUGAUGGGAAUGGGGCUCUGUAUCCCUUUUGAAAAAAAUUCUGCAAAAAAGAACUACAGCUGAUGUAAGUAAAAAAAUAAAGAUUAACACAGCUCAUUAUUUUGUUGCACAAUGGACCACCAAUGGACCCCAUCACGGUUCGUUUUUUUUUUUUAUUUCUUCAGGGUCAAGAGGGAAGAGAGUGAAAUGGUGGCCUUGUUCUUUGUGGUAAGUGCAGUUGGGCAUGUGCUGGACUGUGCAAUAUUGUAAAUGCAGAGUGGUUUCAAUCAAAGGGUUGGUUAAUUAUAGGCACUAUAAUAUUCCCCAAUCUAUAAUGCUGGGGAAAAUAGUUGCUUUUACAAUGCAUCACGAUGCGAAAGUGAAAUUCUCACCUUCCCCCGUCUUGCCUUCCAAACCUGACACAGAGGGGAAUUUACCUAUUCCUGCUACCACUCCUGUUUCAACAUUCUCCACUCUUUCAAGAUGGGAGUCUUUGAUGCAUGAGUCUGAUAACAACAGGCCAGGCACCGGGUCCUGCGUUUUACAAGCAUCUGCUCCAGUUGACACAUUCCUCAAACAUUCAUCCAGAUCAAUCAAUCUCCGGGCCAUCUCACCCUCUCCUCUUUUGAUCUCAUCUGUAGAUUAUGCUGAAACUCGCCUGUGAUCCCCAACCUUAUCUUUAGCCAAUUUUAUAAGUGAUUUUCAUUAAAAUCUGUAACUCCUGCUUUCUCUUAA